AUGGGAAUUUCAUCGAGUGGUUUUGUUAGGAGGAAGGCCUUGGAUUGCCAAAAUAAUGAUGGUUUUCUCAAGUAUUUGGGGAUUAAGCUUCCAGACACACGGUAUUCCUGGUUUAAUGAGAGAACAACCCUUAAAGAAUGCCAAAAUGUGUGCUUGCACAAUUGCACUUGCAUCACAUAUGCAGCAUUGAAUAUAAAUAGUGGAGAAGUAAGUGGAUGCUUACUUUGGUUUGGUGACUUGAUUGAUAUUAAAGAAGAUUUCAAUGAAAAUGGGCAAGACCUCUACAUAAGGAUGGCCUCCUCUGAGUUAGGAACAAUGAGAGAUAUCUUUAAACAAGGUGGCAACAAUGAAAGCCUGAAUAAAGAUUUAGAACUACCACUGUUUGAUUUUGGUACAAUAAUGAAUGCUACCAGUUACUUUUCAGCAAGCAAUAAGCUUGGAGAGGGUGGCUAUGGCACUGUCUACAAGGGACUUCUUUAUCUUCAUCAAGAUUCAAGAGUAAGAAUUAUCCACAAGGAUCUCAAAGUUAGCAAUGUUUUGUUAAAUGUUGUCAUGAGGCCGAAGAUAUCAAACUUCGACAUGGCUAGAAAAUAUGCAAUUGAUUGGCAUUUCUUAGUAGAAUCGGAUGUAUUCAGGUUUGGUAUUUUGGUUCUAGAGAUUGUGAACAGGAAGAGAAAUAAAGGAUUCUUUCAUCCAGAUCAUAACCUCAACCUUAUUGGACAUGCAUGGAUGGUGGAUAAAGAAGGCAAGUCCUUGGAUCUACUUGAUGAAGCUGUAAGGGACUCUUGUCAUGUAUCUGAAGUGUUGAGAUCAAUUCAU